GAGAGCCUUUCUCGACGAUGUACGUGAUAUCUCCAUAAGCUUGUUUUCGAGUGAACUUGAUAGUUUUUUUUGUUUUGUUUACGAUCGGCAAUAGCCAUAAGGCUGAAAUGGGCGGUGGUAUAUAUAAGACUAUUUCGUAAGCCAUUAGGUAUGUAUUAUUGAAGGAUGUUUGGGUUUAAGUGUUUGGCACUCGUCAAAAGCAGAUGAUUUUAACGUUCUUCUCCAGUGCCAAAUAAUAGCAAAGGGAGAUUUUUUUUUUAAACGUACAAUUAUAGAUGAGAUUGAUGUGGGGAAAGGAAAAAAAUAAUAAUAAUAAUCUAAGAAGUAAUAAAUAAAUGGAAUAUGUCGCGUUCGGUCUGGAUUGAGCAGCUGUUUGCCGAUCGUGUUGCAAUGGCUUUUAUCAAAAGUUGUCAAAUUGGACGAUUCCUCAUAAAUAUUUGUUAUCGUGAUUUGUUCUUAGGAUCUACCGUGAGAACAACUGCCAUCGCGACAGCGAAUUUAUCGAAACGCAGACUGUGAGAUAUUGCGCUUAAAAUAAAAAGGAUUAUGAAGACAGACAUCGUUUAACUGGAUCCUGCAUGGGAAUGGCUGUUUGUAGCCUCGACAGCAAGUAGAAAUUGGCGGGCACACAGGUCGAAAGAAACAAUCCAAACUGCAGCGCAGACGCUGACGCUCUCCUUGGCUGCUUGCGACUGUCUUCCACCAACUAGAUCCCCCUUAGCUUAUACUAUACCGUGGUCGCGUGUGUCUCUCUUUCACACCUUAACCCACUCACGUCACAAACGGGUGGCUACAUUGUUACACGUUCAACUGCCGACGAUCAAAUCUUUUAACAUUCAUUCUCAGGUGUCACGAACUGCUUUAAUUACUAAUGUGCACGUCAUCACUGUGGAGCAGCGAGAAUAAGGCGAUUUGAACGGCACUAUUUCAGCCUUUUCAAAGCCUACGCAUCCGCCGUGUAGCAAUAACGCUUGUCCGCUUUCACAUCAAUAAAGGCUGUUGUGUUUCAAAGUUUCGGAAAAGAAAAUUGUUGCGGGAGAACCGAUAGAUGAUCAAGCGAAGCAACCUGUUUCCGUAACACGUUUUGCCUCAAUGGAUGUGCGCGUCUACAACCGAGUGCCGGCGAUGAUUGUGAACUUGCGAUUUAUCCAGUGGGUUACGGCUCUGCUCGUUAUAUUCCGCCUCGCUCCUGGAACGGAAGGGAUCCAGUUGCUGCAGGUAUCUGUACCCAGCGUGAUUCAAGCGGGAGAAGGAGCGGCUCUGCUAUGCGACGUCGAUAUGGAGAACGAGCGGCUCUAUUCCGUCAAAUGGUACAAAGACGACGAGCUGCAAUCGGUCGAGUUCUUCCGGUUCGUCCCACGAGAAACACCGCAGUUGAUCGUCUACGAUUUGCCCGGCAUUAAUGUCAACAAAACCUUGUCAGACUGGCAACGCGUUUACCUGUCCCGCGUCAGUUUGGCUAGCAGCGGCCAUUACAGAUGCGAGGUAUCUGCUGAAGGGCCAAGCUUUUCCUCGGUCAGCGGUGGCGGUCACAUGGAGGUGGUAGUGUUGCCGAAAAAACGGCCAACCAUCACAGGGGGAAAGAGUAGUUACAGAGCCGGCGAUUUAGUCGACGUCAACUGCACCUCGGCCGCCUCGAAACCGGCAGCCAACAUCCGCUGGUUCAUCAACGAAAGAAAGGCCAAUGCCAAUUAUAUUCGGCAAUAUAAAGCCGUUUUCGGAGACGACGGGUUAGAGACGACCGUGCUCGGCUUAACUUUCGAAGUUCACGAAAGCCAUUUGCAAAACGAAGGCAAACUAACGCUGCGCUGUGUGGCUUCCGUCAACUCGAUACCGUCGGACAGCAGCUCUCAUCACAACCAGUACCUCAGUAACAACAACAAUCCACCGCCGGCAGCCUCCAGCACGGCAUCGCUGGGCGGCUACGAGGUGAACGCGGGCAGGACGAGCUCGCCGGAACAUUUCUACAACCCGUUGAUUAUAGAAACGAUGUCGAUGGUCUCAGAAGUUCGCUUCGAAGCGUCUAGUGCGUCACCAUUGUCGAUUCAGUUUGGUUCACGCUGCUGGAUGAGCCUCAUUUGCGUGCUGCUGGCAUCGAUGGCUAAUGGAAUUGUUCGCCUACCUGGCUCCCUACAGGAGAUCGUCUAGCGCAUCGUAAACCCCCCAAAAAAAACAGCACUUGUUUUUCAUCAGAAAUUGUUUUGUUUUUCCUUGAAACUGCCUUGUUUUUGGCAUUUGUUCUUGGUGGUUAGCCCUGGAUCUCACGCGUAUAUACUUUUAGAAAUGCAUCAUAUCUGUUCACUCUCUCUCUCUCUCUCCCUCUCUCUAUACCAUCUCGAUUCACAAUCGUAUGCAUCUGCUCUAUUUUACAUUCACGGUUUUUAUCCUGUUCGUGAUCGUCUCUAGCCUUCUCCCGUCUCUCUCCCUCUUUUUCUCUUUGCUCGGCUCUUCUCUUGAUAGCUGUGUUGUAUCCAUGUCUAUCUCAAUUCAAUCUGUACAUAUACAGUACUAUACAGUUCUCUGAUCCUCCACAAGUUCUUGCUUCCCCAAUUGAUACAUAUAUACUAUAUCUAAGCUCCGGAAUGAUUAUAUGCUGGAGGGCGGCGUGUGAAUUUCGGUGAACGGCAAACACGCCGCGCACAUAUAUAUAAAUACAACACUCCGCAUUGGAUACAUGAAAUGCAAAAAUCACCAGAUAGAACAAGUCCGAAUUGCGGAGGGAAAAUUCUCAAAGUUCAAGAGUUUAGUCUCAUCAUCCCUUCAGUUUCUCGUUUCAGUUUUCCUUCCUUUUUCUUUGUUUUUUUUUUUUUUGUUUGUUUUUUUAAUUCAUUUUUUGUUUGUUUAUAUUGCACUGUUGCGCUAAAAAAAAAUAAAUAAAAUAACAAAUGGUGGAAAAGAAUUUCGUCAUCCAUCUUUUGGAUAUCGAGUUCGAACCUCUUCUGCUGUUCCUCGUUGUUAGUCGAGUCCCUAUAUACAAUAAGUAUUCCUAUAGGUAAUUAGCAUUACAGCUAUAUAUACUCGUGUAACAGACAAAUGAUGUCCGAAAAAUGCCAUAUUUUACAGUCUGUUAUGUUGACCAUUUCAUCAUGUUCUGCUUAUUACGAAUAUACGUUGUUGUAUAAGAAA